UUCUUUUGCCAAGAGUUACAUGAGUUAUGAGGACGGAAUGCCCGCAGGCGGUAACGGUCGUUUCCGCGGUUACCCUGCGCGGAUGUCCGAGCGACAACAACUCGCGCUUCUUCUGCAAAUGACUUCACAGGAAAUGGUAUCGGGUGGAAAUCGUUCGGAAAGUACAGGACCGAACAAUACGAAUACUUCGAGAUCGUCGACGUUGCAACAACAGCGAGGUUCCAAAGGUCGAUGGACCAAUAAAAAUGGAGAAUCGUCUGUUCAAUCGUCGAUUGGCCGUAAGGAAGAUUUUCGCGUGCGGCCAGUACUCGUGAAUGGUUACGAUCUUAAUACGAAGGAAGCUGCUAGCGACAUUCCAGGUGCAAACUCGCCCAACGAGUCGUCGACGACGUGUACGGCAACGACGACGACAACAACGACGACGACGACGACAGCAACAGCAACAACGACAACUGCGACUACGACUACGACCACUACUGAUAGUCCAAAUCGUUCUCCCCAAAUCGAGAACGCGGACGUAACGCCGGUUAUAACGACGAUCGUCUCGACGACAACAACAGCGACUACGACUACGACAACUAAUACAACGGUAACGUCAUCGAAUGAGCAACAAGAACAACAACAAUCUUCGUCGUCGCUUUAUCAGCAACACUACAAUCAUCACUCACAAUAUCAACACCAACAGCAGCAACGCACGACCGGAAGUGCGUCAAUCGCUGCACCGCACGUCGCCGAAGACAGUGGAGCCCCCUGUGAAAUGCGGAGGACACCACCACAAAAUAAAGUCGAUAGAUCGGGAACCGGGCAGUCUGGAAGCUCGCCGAGGGUGACGCUCCGGCUCAACCAGGUACGAGGAGCAAGGGAUGAGAAAAAAGGGGGUACAUCAAACUCCCGUCAGGGUGCUAUAAACGCACAGAGUCAGGGACAAAUGGAAUCGUCGUCGAAGAUGCCAUUAAGUGGUUCAUCGGCUAUCACAAACGUCUCUGGAUCAAAUGGAUCCGGAAAUGCAUCAUCUUCCGCAGACAACGGUGACGUUUACGAGUUUAAAAGCUCGAAAGAACCUACGCCCGUAAGAGGCACAAGUUCUUCGCCGAAUCCUAAUCCUGAAAAGGAUAAGGAGAACGGCAAAGCGUUGUCCGGACAAAUAGGUCAAAACAAUGGUAAUAAUACAACGACGACAGGUGGAUCGACAACGACUACUACCGAUUCCACAGCUGCUUCUUCUACAUCUGACGAUCCCUCAACGAUUUCCUCAUCACCGUCGACGAAACGAGCUUUCGAGGGUGACAAUGCCGAUGAUCAAGACGAAGAAAAUCGGCGAAAGAAGCGUAAAGAUACGGAAAAUGUAAAAGACGGUGUUAAGAGUACACCAACUGGAAGACAAAGUACUGGCAGAAAUGCCACAAAUGCAGGAGAAAAAUGUACGAAAUCUGGAAAGCAAAAUUCCAAUACUGUGUCCGGAAAAAAUAAUCAAAACGCGGCGUCUAAUGCUGCGGAUAGAAAAAGUCCGAGUACAGCUUCGAUGGCGAGUAGUCCUAAACCUUCGAAUACACCUGUUGGUUCCACAACAAAUACGAAAACUGCUGCAACGCCUGUAUUGCCUGAAUCCGACGGUGAAGACGAUCGUUCUAAAAGUUCUGAUUCGGGUUCGGCUCCUAAAGUUCCACCUUUGAAAAUAGUUAUACCACAGAGUACUACGUCCGAACAGGAACAGGGUAAUAGAAACGGAAAGAAUACAUCCAAUAGAAGUCAUCAAUUGCCUUACGUCGUUGCUAGCUCUAAUAGUAACGAUUCGACGGACAAAGAUCAAAAUCAAUCCGCCAGCGGUACAACUAGUCCUACGGAAAAUGGAAGUGGGACGAAAGUCGAUGAUAAAAAAGAUUUUACUGGUACUCUACAUUCUGAAGAAAGAUCGACCCAUCAUCAAAGAGUUCUUAGAAGUUCGCAUAGAACUGGUAAUGGUAACAAUGGUUCAACAGCAUCGAAAGAAGUAUCAGGAUCUAGUGCUGGUAAUGGCAACUACUCCAAUUCUUCUCCUUUACCUGUAGCUACGACUGAUCGAUCUAACAAUUCUUCGCCGCAACAAAGACAUCAUUCUCCGCCGCCCGAAAAUACUAAUUCGGAAUCUAAUAAACCUGCUUCUGCCGAAUCAUCGAAUACUGGGACUAUAACAAAAACGAAUACAGCUACAGAAAAAUCGGAAAAGAAUACCGAAUCUACAGGAAAAAAUCAGAAAGAUACAGGAGUAGAAAAUUCUGAAAAUAAUACUACUGCAGCUUCAUCUGCCGCUUCUAGUACCACUACUUCUUCUGCUCCUGUCGAACUACAUCCUAGAAAAAGAAAGAUGAAGCCUAAUAAAGAAGCUCAACAAGCUGCAGCGACAGCUGCAGCUAAUGAAGCAGCGGAAGCAAAUAAUACAGGACCAGAAGUUCAUCCGCAUGAUCAACCUAUUACUAAUUGUUACCAAUUAUUCUUAAAUAUUAGAAAACAGAUUGAACGAAGAAGAAAAGGCCUAUUUCCAGUUCAACCAAAACCUCCUCAAGGUUUUAAAGAUUAUUUGAUGAAUCGUUGUACAUAUGUAUUAGCUGGAAAUGCAAACAACGAACCGAAUGUUAAUCCACCAGUUAGUUUGCAAAGUCUUAUGAAAGAUUUGUAUAUAGAACAAGAAAAAGAGAGAUAUCGACUUAGGAUGCAACACGUUGUAGAGAAAGAAAAAUUAGUAUUAUCUGUGGAACAGGAAAUUCUUAGAGUUCAUGGCAGAGCAGCCAGAGCUCUUGCCAAUCAAUCACUUCCUUUUUCAGUUUGCACUAUUCUUAAAGAUGAAGAAGUUUAUAAUGUUAUUACUCCAGAGCAAGAAGAAAAAGAUAGAAAUGCACGAAGCAGGUAUAAUGGGAGAUUGUUUUUAAGCUGGCUGCAAGAUGUUGAUGAUAAAUGGGAAAAGAUAAAGGAAGCAAUGUUAUUACGACAUCAUAAUGAAGCCGAAUCCUUACAUGCCGUUCAAAAAAUGGACUGGGAAUGGAAAUUAAAAGAAGUUGGACUUUGUGAAUUUAAAGCAACACCUCAAAUAGAAGAUGUUCAUGUACCAAUGGUACAUGUUUCAGAUGACUUUGACUUACUACCUGCUUAGUAUACAGUGACUGAACAAUCAUAUUGUACGUUUCUAUCAUGUACCUUUAAAUUAACUUUAAGAAUGGUCGUUAUUUAAUCUGUGAUCUCUUCAUUAAUAUAUCCGCUCUUUUGCACACUUAUUUUUCAUAUAUAGGUUCAGUGUAUGACAAAUGCAUCCGAGGCUGUAGUUAGAAUUGGUAUUAAAUAGUUAGAAUGAA